AUGUUUCAACAUCUGAGUGGAAGAGUUCCAUUACCAGCAUGUAUUUCAAUUAGGAACGGAGUCACCCAUGACGAUGUCCUCAGGAGUGUGUCCAUGAACAAAAUCCCUGUCAUAAGCUUCAAGAAAAAGACAAAAGAUGUUUUCAUUUUGAUAAUGGAAGAUAAAGGAUACUAUAUUAAAGCUCUUGAGCAUAAACUGGAUUUGAAAAAUCCCUGGAAGGUUAUAGAGGUUUUUCCCAAAGAUUACGACAUUGGGUGUUAUGACCAAGAUGAUUUGGAAGAUGAAAUAACUAAACUCGAGGACAUAUCUUACGACCUCGAAAAUGUGGACGCACUGGUUUGCUAUCUUUUGAUUGGAGUUUAUAUGUACCAAAAUGCAAAUGGCUCAAACAAUAAAAUUUUUGGAAACUUCACUGAUACAUACCCAAAUGCAUUGUCCAUGUAUUUAUUGAAAACAGGGAACUGGAAAAUUCCACGAAAUGUCAUCAUAAAAUCUUUUAGCUAUCGAUCAAUCGAGUUCAUCUUUGAAGAACAAAUGAUUGAGCAGUUUAAAGAAGGUCUUUGGAAGGAGUUAGAACUAAUGACCAAAUCAGCAUAUACAGCACCGAAAUGGAAAGGUGGUGAGUCAGAUUCAGAUGAAAAAGAAGAGGACGUAGUUGAUUCAAAAAUGGUUGGAAGACUAGAUAUAAAAAUUUCUAGACUUUUUGGAUUAAUCUUUUUUGCCCUUUUGAAAAAGAAAUAUUAUGAAGGAGCCAAGCAGCUUAUUGAGACAGGAAGUGUUCGUAUUCCCCACCUAUUGGUUGGUUGUGUCAUUUUACAAGAUAUAGCAAACGAUUGGCAAACCAGCCAGAUAGAAAAAGACAAGUUGUUACAGAUGAAAAUGUUGUGCACACAACAGGCCUUACGAAUUACAAGUUGUAUUCAUGAGAGUGACACAAAGGUCUACAAGAAAAGGUAUAAAGAGGGGAAUGAUCCAGAUGUACAAGCCAAGGAAUUGGGGAAACGAAUUGACCAUGCUGGAAGACUUUUACUGAAUCACGGAUACCUAGCAGAUGCCAUCAAAACAGAGAACAGGGUCUAUUUAAACGACGACAUUGUCAAGAAAGUUAUAAAUCAAAUGUGGUACAAGCGUGAAAAUCUUUCAUUACGAAGGGGCUUGCUUUUUGCCUUUUUGACAGUCUUCCAUCUCUUAUUAUUGCCUCCUUUGAUGAUCACAAUGGAGACCAGACCUUUACAGAGGCUCUAUAGACUGUACAAGGUCCCUGUCAUGAAAGUUCUUCUAAACAUGUUUGGCUGGCUUGCUAUUUUAGUAGCAUAUUCUUACAUGCUGCUUUUUGACUUUACUGGUCGAGUUUCAAGAACGCAUUGGUUUAUAAUAGCAUGGAUGGCAUGCUUGUUUAUUGAUGAAAUAAAACAGAUUGUUAUUGCAGUAAAAAGGAAGAAAGGCAAAACAUACAUAACUGAUUGGACUAAUUACUUAGAGUGGAGUAUAAUGGUCUUUUACCUUUGUGGAAUGCUGGUUAAAUGUGGCAAUGGGGAUACCUAUCGAAUAGCUGAAAAAUGCCUUUUGGUUUUGUCUUUCAUUUUAAUGUGUAUUCGAUUUCUUAAUCUACUGAUUAUUUCGGAGAUCAUCGGAGCAAAGCUUGUGAUCAUUAGAAAAAUGUUUGUGGACACCUUUGCAUUCCUUAUGAUAACAACGGUAAUAACGCUUUGCUACAGCGUGUCAUACUUCGCCAUUUUGUAUUCAGAUGAUUCGGACUUAAGUUUUUCUCAGAUAGAAAAGAUUGUUCGAAAUGGAUUUUGGAUUUUAUUUGGUGAACUGUCCCUGGAAAAUGAUAGAUUGAAGGAACCUGAUUGUACGCUCGACAAAGAAAUUUACAACAGUGGUGAGAUGGAACGUUGUCCGUCCGAGCUGGGCUUGUUUCUAGCACCAUACCUAAAAGCAGUGUAUGCAUUAAUCGCUAUCAUUCUGCUUCUGAAUCUUCUGAUUGCGAUGUACAGUCAUACUUUUGAAGACGUCCACGAGAAAAGCAAGUUCUAUUGGUCACAACUUCAAUUAGAUUUUCUGGAAGAAUACAGCGUGAAGACAAUUUUCCCCAUUCACUUCCAACUUUUAGUACUACCCGUCUCUUUGAUCCAUUUUGUUAUAUGGUUCCCUUUCUCUUUUGUACGCAAGAAAAUACAAAAGUGUAUAUGUAGAGACGAUGGAUAUGAUAGCGACAGCGAAUUCGAUGAUGAGGAUGAUGAUGAACUCAAUAAAAGCCCAAUGUUUGUUAGAGUGUUCCUAUAUGACAAAAACUUUGACCUGAAUUUGAAGGAAACACAUGAUGCCGAAGGACAAGCUGCAUUGAAAGCAUCAGGUGAUUUGGACACAAAAGAUGAAGACAAAAUAACGGUUCUUCAAAGGAAAAUGAAAAGACACAAAAAAAUCACAAGAAGUAUUGAUGGAAGGACCUCCAAGAUAAUGUCAGAGAUAAUGCAGAUAAAGAAAAAUAUAAGAGACCUGCAUCACGCUAUAUCUCCAAAUACUAUGCCAGAGGAAUACGAAAGGAGUGACUCAAGAGUGUUCAAUGACAUCUGGGGUAUAGAUACUUUAAGAAGACAACGUCUCAUGGAUAUGCUAUCGGGGGAGGAUUCCUUCAUGGACUCCGGUUCAUCGGACGAUUCUGAAAAGUAUGAUACGGACUAAAAAUCCACUUGAACCUUGGAGUGUUUCAUUUAAAUUUCACAAUAUUCAAUACUUAAUAUAUAUUAUAC